CUCUCUCUCCUUUUCGCGAAGGGCCCCUCCCGGCGUUUCUGAAAAGGCGCUUCCACCCCAGCGCCCAUCUAGCAAUCCCUAAAAAGGCUGCGAGAUAUAAAAGGCCCGACGGGAUCUGCCGAGGGGAGCGACGCGUCUUCUGAAGGCGGCGGGCCGAAGCCUAAGCUGGAGAGAAUCAUGCUCAGGACGGCGCUUGGGAAGUCCCGCUCCCUCGCUCUCCGCAGCUACACGGAUGGACUGAGCCUACCCUAGCCCGAGGAAGCAUGACAAGGGUCCCCGGCCGCCGAUCCUGGGCUCCGGUAGCCUUGCUGGCCCUGUUCGCAGAGCUGGCGUCGAGCCACCCACAAUGCCUGGAUUUCAAACCGCCUUUCAAGCCUCCUCGCCCGCUCACUUUCUGCGUGCAGUAUUCAAACUUUGGCUGCUGCGAUGCGGGGCGUGAUGCUGUCCUGUUGGAACGUUACUAUCGCAUCAGCGAGCGUUUUGACCAGGCCACCUACACCGCUUGCGCCAGCCACCUGCAGAACCUCCUGUGCCAGGAGUGUUCUCCGUAUGCUGCUCAUUUGUAUGAUGCUGAAGACCCUUCUACUCCAGAGAGAACUGUUCCUGGACUUUGCCAAGAUUACUGCAUACAAGUGUGGCAAGACUGUAGGUCAAUGUUCCGUUACUUCACUCCUGAUAAAGAGUUACUGGCCCUGGAAAAUAACAGGGUUAAGUUUUGUCGUUAUUUGUCCUUAGAUGACACAGACUACUGUUUUCCUCACCUCUUAACUAAUCAGCAUCUUAAUCAAAACCUUGGAUUAGUGACUGCUGAUUCAGAAGGGUGUCUGCAGUUAUGCUUAGUUGAAAUUGCUAAUGGGCUUAGGAAUCCUGUUGCUAUGGUACAUGCAAACGAUGGAACUCACAGAUUCUUCAUUGCAGAACAAAUUGGUUUAGUCUGGACCUACCUUCCUGAUCUGUCACGGCUUGAAAAACCAUUUUUGAACAUCAGUGACGCUGUACUUACCUCACCUUGGGAAGGGGAUGAGAGAGGAUUCCUAGGUAUUGUCUUCCAUCCUAAAUUCAAAUUUAAUGGUAAGGUAUAUGUCUACUAUUCAGUUGAAGUUCAAUAUGAAGAGAGAAUCCGAAUCAGUGAGUUCAGAAUUUCUCCUGGUGACAUGAAUUCAGUGGAUCAUGGUUCUGAAAGGAUAAUUCUGGAGAUAGAAGAGCCAGCUUCCAAUCACAAUGGAGGAGAAGUAUUGUUUGGAGAUGAUAGUUAUCUUUAUAUCUUCACAGGAGAUGGAGGAAUGGGUGGUGAUCCUUUUGGGACAUAUGGAAAUGCUCAAAACAAGUCAACACUGCUAGGCAAAGUACUCAGAAUCAGCGUGGAAAACAAUGAUGUUGGACCUCUUUAUCAAAUCCCUCCUGAUAAUCCUUUCAUCAAUGAAUCAAAAGCCCGACCUGAAGUCUAUGCUUAUGGGGCAAGGAAUAUGUGGCGUUGUUCUUUUGAUAGGGGUGAUCCCACUACAAAGGAAGGGAAAGGGAGGCUUUUCUGUGGUGAUGUAGGACAGAAUAAAUUUGAAGAAAUUGACAUUGUGGAGAAAGGGAGAAAUUAUGGCUGGAGAGCAAGAGAAGGAUUCAGCUGUUAUGACAAAAAACUUUGCACCAAUUCCUCUUUAGAUGAUGUCCUUCCAAUAUAUGCUUAUCCCCACAAAAUGGGGAAAUCGGUUACAGGAGGUUAUGUCUAUCGAGGUUGUGAGUCUCCAAACUUGAAUGGGCUCUACAUAUUUGGAGAUUUUAUGAGUGGACGUCUCAUGUCCUUGAAAGAGAAUCAAAAAACUGGAGAAUGGCAGUACAAUGAAAUAUGCAUGGGAACAGGCCAAACAUGUAUGUUUCCUGGACUUAUCAAUAACUAUUAUCAAUACAUCAUCUCUUUUGCUGAAGAUGAGGCAGGGGAACUUUAUUUCAUGUCAACUAGAAUACCAAGUGCCACUGCUCCGAAUGGAGUCAUUUACAAAAUAGUUGACACAUCACGGAGAGCAUCACCUGGAAAAUGCCGUGUUGACCCUUUGCCAGUAAAAGUGAAAGGCAGGCUCAUUAAAUUUGCUCCAAAGGAAAAACUGAUAGUGAAAAUGCCUACACGGGAUCAUAAGAUAAAAGCCACAACCAGAGUCCCAGCAAGGAGUAAAGUAACUACAGAGUCUUCACAAGGCACAACUCCAGACUGGAUGGAGCAACUCUUGACUCUGCUUAGGAAUCAGAACGGAUGGCAGAUGACUACUAUAGCACCAAAACCCAAACUUUUAAAGCCCAGGAAAGGAGGAAAACCUGGGAGGAGACCACAUCGAAGAAGGAAGAAUAGGCCUACCGGUGUCUCUCGACAGCCACAGAAUGGUGCAGUCCGACUCAUGAAUGGCAACACAAGAGGCAGAGACCAAGGCAGGGUUGAAAUUUUUAUCAAUGGAGAGUGGGGCACUGUGUGUGAUGAUUUGUGGACUUCUAAAGCAGCUGCUGUAGUUUGUCGCCAGUUGGGUUAUGCUUUUGUAAUCCGGGCCACCAAGAAAGCAGAGUUUGGGGAGGGACAUUCACUUUCAAUUUUACUUGACGAUGUUCAGUGCGUAGGACAUGAGAAGACCCUUCUGGAAUGUUCCCAUUCAGACAUUGGAAAGCACAAUUGUUCCCACAAAGAGGAUGCAGGAGUGAUAUGCAGUCAAGAAGAAGUUUUUGAGUAGAAAUACCUACAGUAUAACAUGAGUUUGUGCUGUGACUUUUUUAAAAAAUAAGACCACAUGAAUACACUGUUAUAGUUAUCAAAUUGGCAUAUGGUUUUAGAAAUAUAUAUGUCCAUAGGGUAGGCCUGGAUGGUAAUGCUUCAGUAUGCCCAUGGGAUACCCCUGCUUCACAAACUCCAGUAGUGGUUAACAGUAUGGAUCAUCACACAGCCAGAUGUUGAAACUGGGCAUUUUUAUUCACCUGUCAAGUCCUUCCCAAGGGCUUGGGAUAGGCAGGUGCAGGAGUUUGAUGAUGUUAAAGGUAUGUAAGCUAUUCUGAGUAAAGCUGGCUGUUGCAAUUGAUCAGUGGUGAUUUUGUCAAUGCCAGCCCUGCUUUAUGGCAUAGUACAAUUAUCAGAGGGACCAUCUAUGUCAAUGCUGCUUACCUAUCCAGUACAAGACAAUAGGUCAGUGUUCUCCAAAUCCUAUUAAACAGUCAUCUACUAGCACCCAAGAAGCAUGCCUUCUUUGCCAUAGUGCCUGUUGUCUGAUACGGUCCUCCCUGAUACUGUGGCCCCUACCUUGAUGGCAUUCAAGAAAGUCUAAAAAUCUGGCAUUCUCUCAGACUAUGGGUUAACGUGGUUGGGACUUUCUGCAGGUUUUGUUUGGAGAUGUGGAUUGUGAAGUCUGUUUGCCAGACUCACCAACCAUUCUAAUUCUCUACCCUGCUCAGUGUGGAAUUGGGUGGUAACUAAAGUGAAUAAAUUAAAUUAAAGGGAUAUACUGUAGGUAAAUACUAUAUCUCUAGAGUAAGUAAUUGCUUGCCAUUUGAAAGUGGAACACAAACUAAAUAGUAUUGGAAGAUACCUUUUAUAAAUAAGCAAAUAUAUUAUGUUGAGUGUUUUGAAUUAAAUUAAACACCAGAUGUUUAUGUUCUUCUGUUUUCAUUUUUUGUUACUUAUAAGAAUGUAUAUUACCUGAUUGUGUUCUACAAAAGGAACAUACCUGUAACAGAAUCAUUAUGGAAAAUUUAAUAAAAAUGAAGGACUACAAUCUCUGAGAAAAACAGAAA